AUGAUGACUUCGAGGGAUUGUCUUGUCGAUUCUCCUUCAAGCUUAAAUAAUUCUGAGUCUAUUAUGGGAGGUGAAGUUCAAGUUUCGACGCAAUCUAACAAGAAAGUGUAUCUGUCUUCUCCUGAUCAUGCCCAUACUGGAUAUUUUACACCAAGAAUCAGUUUCUCUAUAGGGGAACUGGAUAAGAUUGAUGAAUCAGAAGAAGAAGAAGAGUUAUCUUUGAUCAGUCGAAAAGGGAAUUUGGAGAAGAAGAGGGUGAGAUUCAAGUUGCCCGAGGAAGCUGACAUGACAUUAUUAACUUUUACUCUGCAAAAGAAACAUUCCAAGUAUGCAUAA